UCACUUUAUAGUGUAUCGCAGUGCUUCAGAAGGUAAGAGCUUUGGAAAUUUUUCGUUAAACCAUUCACACUCGAAAAAUUGAGAUUCAGAAGGUCUUCAAGUCCCAAAAUGAUACAAACUCUUCAGUAUUAGAUAUACAAUGUGUUGAUAAAGUAAAGUAACUUACUAAUAGUGCAAUUUUCUUCCAUUAAAUGUGAUUAUUAUUUCUAAUUGUUAUCGGGGAGAAUUAUUUGGAGAAGACAAUUUAAAUAGAUCAAACCAUUUCGGUUUGCUGAACCAUUAAAAAAGUUUCUGUAGUAAGAACCACAACUCAUUGAUGCAUUAUCACACUUCAGGCUUGUUGUCAAAAUUAUUACACGUCCAGAUUUAUCACUUUUAGUCUAUUUUUUAUGGAUAUAUCUAAAAAACAAUUGCGAGCAAGCCAGAAAAUGAUACUGGGGAUCGUCAUUAGUUCCUGCUCUUUUUUUUACAUUUCUCAUUAUUUAGGUUUUAAAGUUUUUUCAUUUAUUGAACAUUCUCUGUAUCCACUUUCUGUCUGCUUGAGUUUUUAAUAAUUAUAAUUUGUUUUAUUAACGAAACUUGAUAUUUUAGUUUAAUAAUGGAUCACAAUAAAGAUAACGCACACACUUCUAAGAAAACUCUUCCACCAGGUAUUCUUAGAUUGGAUUUUGGAAAACCGAGAUGUUUAACUGCCGAAUUCAAGUUUCAUCAAGAGGGCGAACCAACUUCUCCUCAACCAUCCGAUGAUCGUCUAUCAGUUACAUUUGCUGAUGAAUCAGUGAAAAGUGAUAGCUCCACAAAAGUUAACUAUUUCAAUCCUCUAUCAUUCACAAUGGAUGUAAUUAAUACAGAUGGAGAAGAUUCUGACCAAGAAGAUUAUUCUGCUAGUGCGAAUGUAAUUAUGCAAAGAAAAGCAUCUACGAGAAAAUCAAAACGUAAAAAUAGAAGAGCUAGUUCACCAUAUAGUCCGGAUGUAUUGCCCAACGCUGAUAACGGCCCAAGAAGAUCUUCAGUUUUUACCAAUUCAUCGGGAGAUACGGCCAUCACGAUGGAUGAAAACUUGGUAGCGGAAGCGACGCAAGAAGAAAUUUUCGAAAAUAUCAAGUUGCACAAAGAAGUUUUGAGUAACGUUCGAAUGCAACCUUGGAAUAUGCGGAAAAAAAUCAAGUUGGUCAUUCAAGCUAAGGCCUACAUUAAAAAACACGAAGGGGUUUUGCAAGAAAGAUUAGCACAAAGCCAUUCUACGAGAGAUUUAUUGGCACGUUGGCAUAUUCUAUUAAUCAAAAAAUGGCAAAAGUUCAGAAGGGAAAUGCUAAAUUUGUCUAUGUGGUUUAUACCGUGGGAAUUGAAAAUUAAAGAGAUCGAAUCACAUUUUGGAUCCGUGGUAGCGUCAUAUUUCAUAUUUUUGAGGUGGUUGUUAUGGGUUAACGUAGUGGUUUCAGUUGCACUCAUUUCAUUCGUAACUAUACCUGAGUAUUUAAUAGCCAAUCCUUUGGAUUUCCAAGAUCGGAAAGUUAUAUUAGAAGAAGAAAAAUAUAACGCUACAAAUUUUAUGACGCUUUGGGAAUUCGACGGGCUUCUCAAAUACACGCCACUGUUUUAUGGGUGGUACUCGAGUGGGUCAUCUGGAGGUUAUAAAAUGCCUAUAGCCUAUUUCGUCACCGGACUUGUUGUCUACGGAUACAGUUUUUUUGCAACAUUGAAAAAAAUGGCUGAAAAUUCUCGAAUGUCGAAAUUAUCGGAAAAAGACGACGAAUGUAUUUUCACUUGGAAAGUGUUCACUGCGUGGGAUUAUAUGAUUGGAAAUGCUGAAACGGCUCAUAAUAGAGUUGCUUCUAUUGUCAUGGGUUUCAAAGAAGCUUUACUAGAAGAAGCAGAAAAAAAGAAAGAUACAGAAACAUGGAGAAUUGUUUCAUUUCGGGUAUUAGUAAACGUUAUCGUAAUUGCCUUAUUAACUCUUUCUAUGUAUAUAGUAGUAUUGGUAGUGAAAAGAUCUACGGAUCCAGAGGCAGAGAGUACGUUCUGGAGAAAAAAUGAAAUUGCGAUAGUAAUAUCAAUACUAACAUUUAUAUUCCCAAUGAUAUUCGAAGUUUUGGGAAUUUUUGAACAGUACCAUCCAAGGAAACAGCUCAGGCUACAAUUAGGAAGGAUUAUGAUUCUUAAUUUGGGGAACUUAUAUUCGUUAAUAUUCGCAUUGAUAGGUAAAAUCGGCGACAUGACUGAGGAACUUCAGAUGUUUAAGAAUACGACUUGGACGGAAUGUCGUUUGGAUUGUAUAGACAGCUACAAAUUCCCCGAUUCAGAUAACCAAAUUAUGGAAGUGAUAACAAAUGUUUCUACCAAAAUCUUAUCGAAUAUAACUUCAUAUUUUAAUGAAUCUGAAUCGGAUUUAGCUUUUUUAAAUAACUCAUUGAUUAAUUUCCUUUCCAAUACAAUUAAUACUACCAUAGAUAACAUAACCUAUAUUUAUGAAGAUUUAGAUGUUACCGAUUUGGAAUCUAAGUUUGCAGAUUAUUUAACUUAUCUUUUAUAUUCAUUUCAAGAUAACACCAAUUCUACACCGAUUGAUUUUGAAAAUUUAACAGAAAGUUUUACGACAAGUACAAAUGUAGUACCCACAACUUAUUGGGAAGAGAUUAGUUCUACAAUCCUCCCUCUACUCAUGAAUAUAACUGAUCGUAUCGACGAAGGACGUUUUGAUUAUGAUAUAUCAACUAUUUUUAACAAUUCUUCAACGUCUGUUACGACAGAUUACGAGUCAUCGACAUCUUCUAUUGGGUACAGUAAUUGUACAAAAAUAUGUGAUGAUUUGGGUAUCGAAAACUUGGAAACCGGAAUGAAUUAUACCAUGAAGGCUCGAUUCCGUAAUUUAUGUUGGGAAACGAUGUUCGGACAAGAAUUGAUGAGUAUCACAGUUAUGGAUUUGAUAAUGACUAUAGUGCCUUCACUGGGAAUGGAUUUUUUCAGAGGAAUAUUUGUGAGAGUCAUGAAUAGAUGCUGGUGCUGGGAUUUAGAAAAAAAAUUUCCAAAAUACGGCGAUUUUAAAGUAGCUGAAAACAUUUUAUCACUAGUUAAUAACCAAGGUAUGGUUUGGAUGGGAAUGUUCUUCUGCCCUGGUCUAGUGGUUUUCAACGUGAUAAAAUUAUAUAUUACAAUGUAUUUCAAAGGAUGGGCAGUUAUGACGUGUAACGUACCACCAGAAGUAAUAUUUAGAGCCUCCAGAUCUAAUAACUUUUAUUAUGCACUUUUACUGGCUAUGCUAUUUCUAUGCGUCUUACCUGUGGGUUUUACAAUUGUUUGGAUUCAACCAUCUUGGCAUUGCGGUCCAUUUUCUAAAUACCAUAGAAUAUUUCACAUCUUUACUAACACGAUAAGAGACAACGUUCCAGAGCCCGUUCGGCGAGCUCUGGAUUAUAUUGCUUCGCCGGGAAUAGUGAUACCACUUUUGGUACUAUUGAUAUUGAUAAUUUACUAUUUGAUGUCUUUAACCAAUUCGCUUAGAGAGGCUAACGAAGAUUUGAAGAUUCAACUCCGUCGCGAAAGGACUGAAGAAAGAAGGAAAAUGUUCCAAUUAGCAGAUAGAAGGAGAAGAGGAGGAUCUGGGGAGUCAAACGAAUUAUCAAAUACUCCUUUCAAUAAAUGGAAAAAGCUAAUGGGGAAUCUUCCGUCUGGUAAAAGUUUGGACGAAACUCCUAAACAGGAAGAUGUUCAAAAAGAAGGAAAACCGGAAAACAAAAGUAAAGAUUUCUUUCAUAAAUUAAUAAAGCGAGCCCUAAGAAAAUCGUCGACGUCCGAUGAUGCAGACGAUGGUACUGACACAGAACAACAUGAUUCGUUACCUUAUGACACAGUAGCAGCAAAACCUAUUAAAUCUUCUUUUUCUUGGGGAAGCGCAGAUUUCCAAAACGUAGCUUUGAAAGCGCGGCAAUUAAAAAAAUCUAAACCCGAGACUCAAGUUCAUCACGAAGAAACAGUAGAUCAAAAACACGUACAUAUAAACGACAAACCUGUUUUAAGUGAAAAAAGCAACGAACCUUCGACUUCUAAAGGAUUAAGACAUAGUUUUGGUUUCAACAGACAUAUCAAUAUUAAUGAUGUGAUACAUUUCAAUUCGGAGCCUUUCACGCCUAUAACCGAAGUUUCUAUAACUGAUAUUGAUACAAAUUUGAGAGAAUCGAUUGAAAACCAAACAGUCUCUAACGGAGUAAGACAAGAUUCUGAUUCAUCGGUGUGGUCUGACGGCAUUCCAAUGAUAACCAUAAGUAAAACCGAAAGUAACGAAAAUAUUUUAAGUGUCAUCAACGAACCGAUAAAAAAUAAUGAUGAGAUCGUUAUAAAAGAAGACGUUCCUGUUCCAAAUGCGAAUAUAUUUAAACCAAAAAUAAAAUGUGUUCUCAAAAAACAAACAACGGAAAUCGAUGAAGAUACUAUAAGAUAUUUUAACGAUGAUAUCGAGAAGAGUAUUUCUGUAAACGAUAAACUUAGAGCGAUCGUUGAUAGAGAUUUUGAAGAUACGGGUUUAUCACCUGAUGAUGAUAUCUUAACUGAUAAAUCUUCUUCGGAUACCGAUCAAAAAGAGAGUAGUGUGGAUACCGUUCUUCAACUAUCGCUCACUUGAAGUUUAUUCCAUUUAGAAGCACUUCGUGAAUAAUUCAUUAUGUUAAAAUGUAUCGGCUAACCAUAAAUAAUGUAAAU